UCUGCUUCCACGCGGCGCUGACCUUCACGGUGUUUGCCGGCGGCGUGAACCGCACCAAGUACCCGAUCCUCUGCCAGGCGGUGGGCAUCCUCCUGCACUACUCCACGCUGGCCACCAUGCUGUGGAUCGGGGUGACCGCCAGGAACAUCUACAAGCAGGUGACCAAGAAGGCCCCGCCGUGCCUGGGCGCAGACCACCCGCCGUACCCCAAGCAGCCCCUGCUCAGGUUUUACCUCGUCAGCGGAGGGGUGCCCUUCAUCAUCUGCGGGGUCACGGCUGCCACGAACAUCAGGAACUACGGGACGGAGAGCGAGGACGUGCCCUACUGCUGGAUGGCCUGGGAGCCCAGCCUGGGGGCCUUCUACGGGCCGGCGGCCUUCAUCGCCCUGGUCACCUGCAUCUACUUCCUGGGCACCUACGUGCAGCUGCGGCGCCACCCGGAGCGCAGGUACGAGCUCCGGGCGCGCGCGGAGGAGCAGCAGCGGCUGGCAGUGCCCGAGGCCCGCCACAGCCCCGGCGCCCGGCCCGGCUCGCUGCCCGCCUGCGACGCCCUGGCCGCCUCCCUGCUGCAGAACGAGCACUCGCUGAAGGCCCAGCUGCGGGCCGCCGCCUUCACGCUGUUCCUGUUCGCGGCCACCUGGGCCUUCGGGGCGCUGGCCGUGUCCCAGGGCCACUUCCUGGACAUGGUCUUCAGCUGCCUGUACGGCGCCUUCUGCGUGACGCUGGGGCUCUUCGUGCUCAUCCACCACUGCGCCAAGCGGGACGACGUGUGGCACUGCUGGUGGUCCUGCUGCCCCUCCCGUGGGGACGCCCACGGCGCCAAGCUCGGGGCCUGCCCCGCGCUCGACACCAACGGGGACGCCCUGGGGCACGCGGCCUGCCUGCAGGACUCGCCGUGUCCGGGGCAGCCGCGGGGCUUCGGGCCCCCGCCCGCCGGCCACUGCAAGAUGACCAACCUGCAGGCCGCCCAGAGCCACGUCAACUGCCUGUCGCCAGCCACGCCGUGCUGCGCCAAGAUGCACUGCGAGCAGCUGAUGGAGGACGCGGCCCACGUCCACGUGCACGAGGAGGACGCCUUCGGGCACGACCCGCACCUGCACAGGUGCCUCCAGGCCAGAACUAAGCCUCCCUACUUCGGCCGGCACCGGGCAGCCGCGGCGGAGGAGUACGCCUACCACAUCCCGUCCAGCCCCGACGGCAGCCCCCGCAGCUCGCGCUCGGACAGCCCCCCCAGCUCGCUCGAGGGCCCCGUGGGGGCGCACGCGCUGGCCUGCUGCGCCCAGGCCGACCCCUUCCCCUUGGUCAGCCAGCCCGAGGGCAGCGACGCGGGCUCGGUGCUGUACGGCUGCGCCCUGCGGCCGGGCCGGGAGUCGGCCCACGGCCCGCCGCACUUCGAGAUGCUCCGCAGAACACAGUCCCUGCCCUUCGGCGGCCCCGGCCAGAACGGGCUGCUCAAGGGCGACUUGUGUGAGGUCCUGUCCUUCAGCGCCAACGGCAUGGGCAACAUCCGGACGGGGCCGUGGAAGAACGAGACCACCGUGUAGCCGCCCCGCCCCCGCCCCACGCACGCGCCGGGGCAGAGCCGGGCCGCCAGGGGAGGCCAGCGGGGCCGCUUCUCGGAGCGGCUGGCGCCCCUGACCUGCGCUGCGACGGACCCAGCGGGAACGUGCUUCGGGCCGCGCCUGCUUCCGCUAACCCUGAGGCCGGACGGGCCGUCCACGUCCCGGUCACUCCUGGCCCGCGGCACCCAGGCCCCGGGGCAGCCCAGGAACCGAGCAGCAAAACACCCGCGGCGCCCGGCGCCUGCCCCGCCAGCCCGGCCGCGACAGGAGGUGCCACCCGGUUUCCCCAGCGUCUACCGUGUGUGUCAUUAGGUCUGGUUCCAAGGCACGGGCAGCCUGCUGGUCGGCACAGGUGUCCUGGACCUGGGCAGUCACCGCUGGCCCCUUGCCGGCCCGUGUCAGAGUCGGGGGCCCACGUCGCCGCCUCCGCCUGCAGCGGCCGCCCUGGGAGCAUCACGGACGCUGGGGCUUGUGACCGUGAUGUGGGCGCACGUGAGACCGUGCUCCAGGGCGCUGGCUGGGGUCUUUGAGGGGCCGCGUGCCUUCGGAAAUGCCCAAAAGCCCUUCAGAUUCGCCUGUCGCGCCAGCCUCUGUCGGGACCGUACCGCACCCCACGAGGUCACUAGGGCUGGGAAGAGGGGGGCUGGCAUUUCCAGGAACACCCGGGCACGACGCCCCGACUCAGGACGGGUGUCAGGACAGUGAGUGAAGCGAGGCUCAUCCCGCGGGCAGGGCCACGGAUGGAGGCCCGACCUACCGGGGAACACGUGUGCGGGACUGUGCAGCCAUCCCCCCUCCCUCCCCCCAGCCCCACGCACACGUGCAGACACGCGUGCACACACCACACACAUGUGUGCGUGGCACAUAGAUGCACAGGUGCAUCGUGUGUGUCCACACCUGCACGCGUGUGUGCUUGCAUACACGCACUCAGCACACCGUGCACAGGCACAGCCCGCGUCCCCAGGCAUCGGAGCGCCCGUGUCAUUGCCCCGCACGGACGUCGUCUCUGUGGCGCCUCCGUGGCCGCGCUGUCUGGGCGGGGGCUCCACCAGGCGCAGGCCCGUCCUACCGCACGCCUGGGGGACAGGGGUGUGUCGGGGUCCGAGGGCCACCGCUCAGCAUCUGAGCACGAGGAGCCUCGCUUCCCGGGAUUCCCGUAGACCUGACGACGUCCCGCGCGCGCCGCCGGCCCCGCGCGUCCUCACAGGCCACCCGGACGGGCCACCAGAUGACCGCCCGGCAGUGUCCGCCUGUCCGGCCGGGCCGCCUGCUUCCGUAGCCGAGAGGACCCAGAGAGCCGACGCUGUGCUGUGUACACGCUGUAGAUG